AUGUCGACGACGUACAUAUUAGGUUCUAUCAACCAAAGUCGAGGGACAUCUUAUGAUCUCGUCCCUGAGGGACCCCUCGCGGGGCUUCAAUCAUCGAGGCCCUCUUUCGCAAACCUCAUAUCCCCUCAUUUAACAUGGUCAACGUUAUGGUUCACAUUGCUAUGCGUCUUCAUCGCGUUAAAUAUCAAGAAUAUGCCAUUUAUGUGGCACUUGCGACUAGUUAAUGCCUUUCGUUUUAUUCUCCGAACGCAGCGGCCAGCUGUGCCGCUCACGCCGUCUCAUAUAUUCCAACCUAUCAUCACAUCUUCAACGGCGCAACUCAUGGAAAUCGACUUCAACAUGCAUAAAUCUAAUUCAUCUUACUUCGCGGAUGUCGAUAUCGCCCGCACUCAUCUAGUCUGUACAUUAUUCGCCAAAGGCAUCGAAACGAUGCGUGGUGGAACCGCAGCAUAUACCGGAUCAAAGAAACCCGUUUUUGGUCUUGCGCUCGGCGCAGUAUCGUGCAACUUCAAACGCGAACUAAGGCCCUACGAGGAAUACGAAAUGUGGUCCAAGAUCCUGACUUGGGAUGAAAAAUGGAUCUACAUAGUCACGCAUUUCGUCCGUAAGGACGCUGCUAAACCAAGAAACUACUCAUUAUACCCAGAACAAUCUCCCAGCCAAAGCCGACGGAAUAGCGCCGAUACGUCGGAUGAGGACCUGCUACAACGCUCCAGCGUUGACGGCGCAUCAUCCGGUGGUAGCAGUGGUAACGAUAGCGACGACAUUAAGCCGGAGAAGCACAUAUUCGCCACCGCCCUUAGCAAGUGCGUCUUCAAGUCCGGCCGAAAGACUGUCUCACCUGAGCUGAUGCUGCAAAUGUCGGGCCUGUUACCCGUGGGUAAUUCCGAUAACAAAGAGGGUCAGGAAUUUGAACAGGUUACACUGGAAGAAAUCGAGGCGCAGAGGCAAAAGGGGCUCGAAACCGCGAAACUUCUCGCGGGCCAGACCCAACAGAGCCUGGAGGCCGAGUUCGCAGGCCCGGACUGCGAGGCCUUAGGCAGACACACGGACGGCGCGGGCAUUGUUGGGGUAGUAAACACCUUGAUGCAACUGGCUCGGCUGAAGAAGUCACAAAUAUUAUGA